AUGGUGACAAUAGGCAACAAUGUAGUUGCUUGUUAUCUUUUCCAGAGGAGGGAUAACUAUACAAUUAUCGGGAGUUCAAGUGGAAACUUAGCUGUUAAUGUGAACCUCUUUCGUGGUAUCUCUGAUGUUAGUCGUCUACCACUGAGAGGUGCGAAUGAUAAUCCUGGUGGUUUAACGGAUGGUGCUGCUUAUUGGGAAAAUAUUCUUGGGCAGGGGGAAGUGACAACUGGUCAGCAGUUCCUCCUAGGCGUGUGCACAGAUGAUGAUGAUACCACAGAACUGAGAAACCCACGGCUAACCCAAGGGAAAUCUCCAUUUGCUGAUGCGCUGGAGACAAGCGAGGGAACAGAAUCAUCAACAGACUCCUCAGCUGCCCCACUGAAUGCAUUCCCCCAGAUCGCUGGUUCUGUAGUGAUAAGAUUGAAGGAGGGCAUUCAUCAGCCUGUUAACCCGUAUGUUAUUAAAAUUUCUGCUACCUUGUCAAUUGGAACGCAAAAAAGCCCUCCGUCUAUACUUGAUUACAUUACCAAGGGUAAAGGAAAAGUGUCGGAGGUGGGUGUUGUUGAUAGGACACAAGUGAGUGCUUCCGGUGGUUCGCUCUCUCCUAAUAGGAACCCAAACUUUGCAGAUCCAUUACCCUAUGAUGACUCCGCUGAUGAAGUAAUCUAUGUUCUUCCAUCGUUUGGAACCGAUACCGAUGACGAAGGAAAUCAACAUUUGUUUGUCGGGCAAGUCUUCAUGGAUCGAACUGCUUUCAGGACACACAUGUCGCUGUAUGCUUUGGCAAAAAAGUUCCACUUUGUCUGUCGUCGAUCAGAACCUGGGAAAAUGGUGCUAGCGUGUAAGGGCACCAACUGCAAGUGGAGAGUGUACGCAAGUAAGCUGGCCGGGUGUCCAACGUUCCAGAUUAAGCGUGUUGAUGAGGAGCAUAACUGUACUGUAGACGAGCGAGGUGACUUCAAGAGGCAUGCGACAUCUAAUCUGAUUGGUGAGAUGGUCCGGAACAAGUAUGCUGGUGUUGGCGCUGGUCCUAAGCCAGGAACCCUUAGGGAGUUCAUGCGCACUGAUCACCAUGUUCCCGUAACAUACUGGAAGGCUUGGAAAUCUAGGGAAGUUGCAAUUGAGAAAGGUUUGGGUAACACUAAGGACGCCUACAAGAUGCUUCCUUCUUAUCUGGAGCAGUUGGCUCUCGCUAACCCUGGUUCUGUGGUGGCUAUAGAAACAACACGUGAUGCUGGAGACGUCCAACGUUUCAAAUAUGUCUUCAUCUCGCUUGCUGCUUCUGUUAAGGGUUAUAUGUACAUGAGAAAGGUGAUUGUGGUAGACGGCACCCACCUUAAAGGGAAGUAUGAUGGCUGCUUACUCACUGCUAGUGCGCAAGACGGAAAUUAUCAAAUUUUCCCUAUUGCCUUUGCUGUGGUUGAUGGAGAAAACGACAGCUCCUAG